CAUCAAGGGAUCGCAAGAUUCGUCGAGAACGUGAUUCCUACCGGGAUGCGCCAUAUAGGCGGGAUGACCGUCGUACGUCAAGACGGCCUGAUUUGUGCAAGAACUGCAAGAGACCUGGACAUUAUGCUAGGGAAUGUCCCAAUGUGGCUGUCUGCAACAAUUGUGGACUUCCAGGGCACAUUGCAGUGGAGUGCAGCACCAAGGCCCUCUGCUGGAACUGCAAAGAGCCAGGCCAUGUGGCCAGUGCAUGCCCUAACGAGGGCAUCUGCCACACCUGUGGAAAGGCGGGACACCAAGUGCUACAAGCCAGGUCACCUUGCUAUUGACUGCACGAAUGACAAAGCCUGCAACAACUGCAGAAAGAGCGGCCACUUGGCUCGAGAUUGCCCAAACGAUCCUGUUUGCAAUCUUUGUAAUAUUUCUGGUCAUGUAGCUAGGCAGUGCCCGAAGGCCGACGUUUUGGGUGAGAGAGGAGGUCGGGUUGGUGGAUAUUAUCGCGGUGGGGGUGGUGGGUUUAGAGAUGCAGGGCCCGUGAGUAGGGAUUGGAUGGGGUCCAUGAUGAUAUGUCAUAAUUGUGGGGGGAGGGGGCAUAUGGCUUAUGAGUGUCCAUCGGGGAGGAUGAUGGACCGUGGCCGGAGGUACUGAGGAUGAUGAUGAGGGGAGUUAUUAUGUGAGAUCUGGAUAAAUGUCGAACUAGUUUAUGCUUUGGUUUGGAGACUUUAAUUUUGUUUGGGAUAUGCAACUGUUAUAUUUGAAUUGCUGUUUAUUCUGUUUGCUAUUGGCCUUAUUUCGACAUUUGGAUUAAUAUUUGUAGAAUUUUGAGCUGUGUUAUUCUGUCCUGCAAGUGUUGGAACUUAUCUUUA